AGUGGGCACACUCCCGGGCAGACACAAGAGGAGAUGAAGGCAGUGUUGAUACUCACCGUAGCUACUGCGGCAACCGCUCAGUACUAUAGUCCCUAUGGCAGAAUUGGAAGUAGCGGUCUUGUCGGAGGCGGAGGUUUAAUUGGUAGCGGAGGUCUUGUUGGAGGCGGUGGUCUAGUCGGAGGAGGUGGUCUUGUUGGAGGCAGUGGUCUUGGUCUUAUCGGUGGAAUCGGCAGUGGUGUGGGUGUUAGGCACGGCGGCCUGUACGGACUGGUUGACUUGAGUACAGGUGGUAGUGACUACCACUUCUCGUGGCGACACGAUGGCGCCAGGAAAUAUGAUUGGUAUACUGCUAACAAGUAUUGUGCCAAGCUGGGCAGGGGAUGGCAAGGCGUCAGUAUUGAAACGCCACUGGAGAACAAAAUCAUCUCCGAAAUAAUUUACAAAGAGCGGGUAAAGUACAUCUGGACCGGAGGUUACCGCAGCGGUUAUACAUUCGCCUGGCCCUCUGGUUUUCCAUUUUAUGGUCUCAACUGGUCCCACACAGGCAGUCUUGGACUACCCCAGCCAGACAACGCUGAAAACGGGAAGGAAUUCUGUCUGGCAGUACUAAACAACUUCUACAACGAUGGUAUAAGAUGGCAUGACGUCACUUGUCCCCACGAGAAACCUAUCAUCUGUGAACGACGUCGCUUCUAUUAUUACGGCUGAAGAGAGACACCUGCACUGAGAAAGACACUAUGAUUGCAGUGAAGUCUUUGUUACGAGGUUUGGACCUGCAUGAAACGUCGUAAUAAAGUCGGCAAACACCAUUGUUUAUACACACACCAGCAAUCAUUCUUCCUGACCAGCCUUCUACUCCCUGCUACCUAACCUUGCAUGUUUAUCUUUUACUUAACUCUCCACACCUUUGUGAUAUUGAUGACGCUUCCU